UAGUAGUAUCUUGGUUUGCAAAUUAAGAAGCCAAGUGAGCGAGUGGGAAGUGAGGUUGGUGGCUUCGAUGGGCAACGCGAUCGCCGGGAGGAAGAGGACGGCGAGGGUGAUGACGGUGGACGGGGCGACGUACAAGUACAGGCCGCCGGCGGUGGCCGGGGCGGCGCUGCGCGACCACCCGGGGUACCAGCUGCUGGAGUCGGAGGAGGUCAGGCGCCUCGGGAUGCGGGCGCGGCCGCUCGACGCCGACGCGCCGCUCAAGCCCGGGAAGCUCUACUUCCUCGUCGAGCUGCCCCGGCUCGCCGCGCGGGCGCCGCGGCGGACGUGGUCGGGCGCGCUCGUCCACGUCGGCGGCGGCGGGGGCGCCGGGGAGAGGCUGGAGAGCAUGAUGCUGUCGCGGCGGUCGGCGUCCGACGUGGCCGCGUCGCUCCUGGCGUCGCCGCUGUCGUCGUCGUCGGUGGAGGCCGGCGAGGGCGGCGCCGUGCGGCUGAGGAUGCGGCUGCCCAAGGCCGAGGUGGCGCGCCUCGUCAAGGAGAGCCGCGACGCCGCCGAGGCCGCCGAGAAGAUCAUGCAGCUCUGCGUCGCCAGGGACCACAGCUCCGCGCCGGCGACGCCCGUCCUGCGGCCGCGGCCGAUGCCAAUGCCGAUGCCGCUGCCGGCGCUCGUCUCGUCGGACAAGAAGAAGCUCGCCGAGAAGAAGCAGAAGAAGGCGAGGUUUGUGACGGACGUGCCUGACGAGAUCAUCGGGUUCUGAAACUUUUCUGGUGUUCAUCGCUGUAACCAACCAUGCGGCAAUGCAGAUGGAUCGCUGUAACGAGUGACACGAGAAGCUGCGAUGUGAAGAUGAAACUGGCUUCCUGUCUCUCCCAGUUAUAACCUGACGAUGAAACUUCUGUCAUCUCAUCUCAUCUGCAGCUGUAGCUAGCCUUAUCUGAAUAUGUCUGAAUUUGCUUGUCGUCAGAACGAGGUACGAACGAAUUAGUUGGAUGCUGGUGAUUGACUUUUGGUGUGUAGGGGAAAAAAAUAAAAAAGAGAGAGAGAGGGAGAGAGAUGGAAAGGAACAGAUGCAUGCUAAUUAAAGUGUUGUGUGUGUGAUCAUGGACUGCUCGGUGUACAUAUUAUUGUCUGGUUAGUGUGGAUCUCCCUUUCUUUUCUUU